GUUCCGCGCUACACCACAUUGUCUCCUCAUUGCACAAUCAUCACCAGUGGUGUAGAGUCGCAGCAUCCGACCAUGUUUGGACCUCAGGAGAGAAUUGCACAAGACCUCUGGUAAUUUGAUCCAACGCAUACCAUAAUGACUUAUGGCUGCGAUAGAAGACACACAUUUUGAACGAUUUUAAACUUAGUUGUGUAUUUUCCAAAGAUAGGACUUUUUUCAGUUGGUGUGAGGAUGUGUAGGCAUUUGAAAUACUUUUACACCUGAUCCUCGGGAACGACAGUCUCACUGUUGCUAUAGUCCCAUUUAGAGCAAUUGGGUGACUGAACGGGCAACUUCAGAACCAUGGCCAGAUCCAGACAUUUCCCAGGCGAACAUGCGUAAAGUUAAUAGUAGGACUCGUCCUUCUCAUUGGAGUUCCCCUUGCUGACAGCCCAAAGGGGUGAUUUAGAACAGCCACACUACCAUUAGUUCAAUCCAUUUUUUUGUUACUUUCUUCGGAGAGAAAUACUUUUAACGCGGGAGCGUGCAGCUCUCGACCGAGGAGGACCUGUAAGCUGUCGAGUGGAAAUCAGGAAGGUUCAAACAAUUCUACACCUGGGAGCAGACACGCAGGGACUUCAAGCUUAGAACCCUAGAGUCCUCCACCCCCUUCUUCUUCUUCCUCUUCUUCUUCUUCUUCUUCUUCUUCUUCUUCUUCUUCUUCUUCUUUCACUUCUUCUUCUCUUUGGGGUCGAGGCCCGUUAGCUGCGGCCGCAAUGAGGCCCGCAGGCCCGAGCCCCCGGCCGGCCCACCACCUGCCCCUCCUCCUGCUGCUCCUGCUGCAGCUCCUGGCCCCAGGGGUCCGGCCUAGCGUCCCCCGCCCGGCCGUGGCCGCCAAGCGGGAGAUCAUCCUGGAUGGGGACCUGGUCAUCGGGGGGCUUUUCCCCGUGCACGAGAAGGGGAACCGGACGGAGGACUGCGGCAAGAUCAACGAAGAGCGGGGCAUCCAGCGGCUGGAGGCCAUGCUGCUGGCCCUGGACGAGAUCAACUCCAACACCCGCAUCCUGCCCGGCCUCAAGCUGGGAGCGCACAUCUUGGACACCUGCUCCAAGGACACCUAUGCUCUGGAGCAGUCCCUGGAGUUUGUCAGGGCGUCCCUGACCAAGGCCCACGAGCCCGGGUUCAUCUGCCCCGACGGCUCCAACCCGAUCCAGAAUGAUGUUCCUCUGGCCAUCUCUGGCGUGAUCGGAGGAUCCUACAGCGAUGUUUCCAUUCAGGUGGCCAACCUCCUGCGGCUCUUCCAGAUCCCCCAGAUCAGCUACGCCUCCACCAGCGCCAAGCUCAGCGACAAGUCCCGCUACGACUACUUCGCCCGCACCGUGCCCCCCGACUUCUACCAGGCCAAGGCCAUCGCCGAGAUUCUGCGCUACUUCAACUGGACCUACGUGUCCACCGUGGCGUCGGAGGGCGACUACGGCGAGACGGGCAUCGACGCCUUCCAGCAGGAGGCGCGCGCCCGCCACAUCUGCAUCGCCACCUCGGCCAAGGUCAGCCGCUCCAUGAGCCCCGUGGGCUACGAGAACGUGAUCCGCUCGCUGCAGCAAAAGUCCAACGCCAAGGUGGUGAUCGUGUUCACGCGCAGCGAGGACGCCCGCGAGCUGCUGGCGGCCGCCGCCCGCAUGAACGUGUCCUUCAGCUGGGUGGCCAGCGACGGCUGGGGCGCCCAGGAGAGCGUGGUGCGCGGCAGCGAGGCGGCGGCCGACGGCGCCUUCACCAUCGAGCUGGCGUCCUACCCCAUCCGGGAGUUUGAGGACUACUUCACCAAGCUCAACCCCUACACCAACACCCGCAACCCCUGGUUCAAGGAGUUCUGGGAGCACAAGUUCGGCUGCAGCCUGCAGCAGGCGGGUUGUAGCGAGCGGAGCCUGAGGGACGGCGCCUUCGAGCAGGAGUCCAAGAUCAUGUUCGUGGUGAACGCCGUGUACGCCAUGGCGUACGCGCUGCACAACAUGAGGCAGGCCGUCUGCCCAAACGCCAGCAAGGUGUGCCACGCCAUGAAGCCCGGCAACGGGAGGAAGUUUUACAAGGAGUUCAUCCUGAAGACCAAGUUCGAAGCCCCUUUCAGACCAGCCGACACGGAGAACAUGGUCGGCUUCGACGCCGUCGGCGACAGCAUCGGCCGCUACAACAUCUUCCACUACCACAAGGAAGACGGCAAGUACACCUACAGGAAGGUGGGUUACUGGGCCCAGGUCCUGACCCUGAACAACAGCCUGGUGUCCUGGCGUGGCCUGGUGCCGCCCACCUCCCAGUGCAGCGACCCCUGCAGGAAGAACGAGGUGAAGAGCAUGCAGCCCGGGGAGGUGUGCUGCUGGCUCUGCAUCCCCUGCCAGGCCUACCAGUACCUCCGCGACGAGUUCACCUGCGCCGACUGCAGCUUCGGCCAGUGGCCCCUGGACAACCUGAGCGGCUGCUACGACCUGCCCGAGGAGUACAUCCGCUGGGAGGACGCCUGGGCCAUCGGCCCCGUCUCCAUCUCCUGCCUGGGCAUCAUCUGCACCCUGUGCGUGGUGGGCCUGUUCUUCAAGAACAACGAGACCCCCGUGGUGAAGGCCAGCGGGCGGGAGCUGUCCUACAUCCUGCUGCUGGGGGUGCUGAUGUGCUACAGCAUGACCUUCAUCUACAUCGGCAAGCCGUCCACCGCCGUGUGCACGCUGCGCCGCCUGGGCCUGGGCACCUCCUUCGCCGUGUGCUACUCGGCGCUGCUCACCAAGACCAACCGCAUCGCCCGCAUCUUCAGCGGCGUGAAGGACGGCGCGCAGCGGCCGCGGUUCAUCAGCCCCGCCUCCCAGGUGGCCAUCUGCGGGGGCCUGAUCUCCUGCCAGCUGCUGGUGGUGGUGGUGUGGCUGCUGGUGGAGACGCCGGGCGUGAGGAAGGAGGUGAGCCCCGAGAGGCGGAACGUGGUCACCCUCAAGUGCAACAGCAGGGACUCCAGCAUGCUGCUGUCGCUCACCUACAACUGCAUCCUCAUCAUCCUGUGCACCGUCUACGCCUUCAAGACCCGCAAGUGUCCGGAGAACUUCAACGAGGCCAAGUUCAUCGGCUUCACCAUGUACACCACCUGCAUCAUCUGGCUGGCCUUCCAGCCCAUCUUCUACGUCACGGCCAGCGACUACAGGGUGCAGACCACCACCAUGUGCAUCUCGGUCAGCCUGAGCGGCUCAGUGGUGCUGGGCUGCCUCUUCGCCCCCAAGGUGCACAUCAUCCUCUUCCAGCCCCAGAAGAACGUCACCUCGCUCCGAGUCGCCGCCAACCGCUUCAGCGCCACCGUGUCCGCGUCCGCCACCGCCUCCGCCAGCGCCUCCGCCCCGGGCUCCAGCUACUCCAAAGGUUCAGCCUCCAACUAUGUACCAGCGGUCUGCAACGGUCGAGAAGUAGUGGACUCUACCACGUCCUCUUUGUGAGAGAUCCAUUCCCGUCCUCAACCCCAAGCACAAGAUUUCCUGUUACAUUUUAAUAAUGUCUCUCUAUAAGCCAGGCGACCUAUGAGAGAUAACCCGCAGUCAACGAGGUACAUUCAACCCUUAAGCUUGUCGUGUAGGCCCACGAUGGCGCCAAUGCAUUUUUUAACUGUGAAAGCUUCCUAAAAGAAUGUACAGCAGUGGAAACCGCCCUGUAUAGAUUUAACAUGCCGUGAACUCCUUGGUUUGAAAAUAUAGUUAUAACGGUUGAAUGCAUUGCAACUUGUCGUGAGAAGUUUUGUCCGCUGGCUGGCUGGGAAGCCAUCCUUAUUUAAUACAAAAUGGUCUUUACAUUGUUGUGAAUAGGAUCCAAACGCUAUUAGACAGAUAUGACUAAAAGACUGCUAUUGAACUAAGCUGAGCCAUUCCUUUGGAACAAAAAAAUGUGAGUAACAUCAUUUGUGAAAGUGAUCAACCUAGACAACUAAAUAUAAUGGACAUUGUUUUAAUGUAGCCUGUGUAGAGAUGUCUGUGAAUUUUUGUAAUUUAUGUAAAUAAAAAUGUUUUUCUUUUUAAUAUUAAACCAUAAAUUAUGUUU